GAACAUUGUACAAUGACACCUCAUCACUGAUCACAAUAGGAAAAGAUAGGAAAGGCUGUAUCUAGUCAUGUAUACACCUCACGAACGUGUAUACAUAUAUACAAGAUUCGUAUUUUCCUCUAGACCCAGCGAAUCAGAGGCGAAUAUUACAAGUCGACGACUCGACAGUUUUCUCCGUUGAACGCGCCCACUGACACAAUCAGUUCACUAGAAUGACAUCAGUUCUGUGUGGUCGAUGUUUUCUUUUAUUUAAUCGUUAUCAAUUUUCAUUCUCGAUGUAAAUGAUGUAGCCGUCUUUUCUCUCGCGCGAGUUUACUGUACAGUUUGAUUACCUCGUGAUUUGUAUCAUUUUAUACAUAGUACUUAUUAAGUAGCUGUGAUAACUUAGCCAUAAGGAAUACGUAUCAUUUGCUACGUUCUCGAUUGUCUUGACAGUUUCUCUUGGAAGUUUUCGAACGAAGUUUUCGAGAAAUUAUGGCCGUGUUGCAGGACAAUUCGUAUUAAUUUGCAUUAAUAAUGGUAGCUGCUGGAGCUACAGUUUUGAUGGCAGCUAGCGAGGAGAAUUCAUCAAAUGAAACAGGAAGUAGUACAACACGUUCGAUAAACCAAAGUACUUGUUCACGUUAUAGCGAGCUACAACGUUGUGGUCAAAGGAACGUUGAAUCAUCAGUUAAAGAUGUGGCUACUUGUUCUUUGGGUAUUAUAGAGAAGAAGCACCGUAGCCUUACAGCAGAAAACAAUGGUAAAAUAGUAUCUAAGUUAGACCUAAAGGAGAGCUCAAAAAAUUUUGCAACUUGUAAAAAUGCUCCGGUUCGUGAGACCAAAACUUCUAGAUUACGGGCUGCUUCUAUAGUAUUACCCAAUGAUGUAACAUUAUCAUCUAAGAAAUUACUUGGAUCAGAAAUUCCUGACUCUCAACGGCACAAUUCAUCAACUAAACAAAAAAAUUCUACAUCCCUUGAUGUCAGCAUGAAUUCUGUCAAGGAAAGAGAUAAGGGGUACAAACGUAAAUCUUAUUUAAAUAGAUCACGCCACGUGGAAACAGCACCUGAUCGUUCAAAUGAAGUCGAAUGUAGUGAAAGACAUUCCAGAAGGCAAUAUGUUAAACGAAGUCAGGUGUCCGAAACAGCAUCUAAUCCUGCUGAUUCCUGUCGUCAAAUGGCCAGCCUGCGUAGAAAACAUAUUGAUUCGAAAGCUGGAACUCAGUACAUCACAAAAAAUCUUUCUAAAACAUAUUCGUCAUCUUCCGUUGUGCCCAUCACGAAUAAGCGUUCGAUUGUGCAACAAUCUAGUGGUGAUAUAGGUGAUUCAGAGGUUUCACGCAGAGUGGACGAAUUAACAGCGUUAACGCGAGCCACCAUGGAACGCGUGGAGAGACUCGCGUCUGCAACCACGAGCUGUGCUAAUCAUUCGACUGAUAACGUGCAUAUUGCUGCCGAGAAAGUGUCAAUGUCGCCAAAAAAAUGUAUCACGCCUAGGCACACGCCAGUUUCAAUACUCAAACAUAAAACCGUCGACAGCGAAGCAGGCGACCGCCAAAUGUCAUCUGGCAGUUUUCAUGCACCAUCACCAGUAACCUUUUCGCCAUCUGUUACGGAAUCUGUUUCUCACAAGAGACAUGGGAUUUUGAAAAAACGAAGCAGCUUAGAUGAAAGCGAGAUAUUACGUCGUCGUAGCUGUUCUCCCGACGUUUCUUUUGCUGAUAAUAUUUAUUCGGAAUUUCGACCAAUUUUGAAAAAUCAAAGGCGAUCCUCACUAGAUGACAUUGUUAAGAGAGAUCAGAGCCCUGAUCAACAACCUGCCUCUAUAUUAAAGCGUAAAUCGUCUAGGGAAGACGACAGGGAGAUUCAUCGAUUGUCAUUGGGCUCUCCAGAACCACAAAGCAUCCUGAAACGAAAACUCGCAAAUAGCAUGCGUGCCAAUAGCGUCAAUCAUCAUGUAACAAUUGCAUCGGACGUUGUGAGCACGAAUAUGAGUGGAAAUAUGAGCACGAGCACGAACGCAAGCUUUAUAUCUGAAAGUCCCGAGGGAUCUGAAGUGAAACCGAUAUUAAAGAAAAAAUACGGCAAAGAAGAACUAACCGGGGGCGACAUUUCAUCUCUCGAACCUCGGCCUAUACUUAAAAAGAAAUCGAGUACUGAGUCAGAUGAACACGAGCAUGAUAGGCCGAAGAAGACGAUUUUAAAAUCCUCGCGGAAGAAUUCGUAUGAGGAAGGCAGUUACGAGACGGAGUCGACUUCUCCAAGGAAAUUGUCCGUGUUGAAGAAUCGAGCGAACGAAAUCGAAAACGUACGCCCUAUAUUGAAACAAUCCAGCGGUAGCCGUUAUUUUGAUGAUACAUGUGAUUUAACGGCGAAUUCUUUUUUGCGAAAGAGAGCGCAGUCCGUAGGUCAUGCGCGAUCUGCUAACUACGAUGACUGUGUCGAGUCGCUUCGCGUAUUAGCCAAACGUAGAUCUCUCGAGUCCAGUUCGCCGAUUGAUGUGUUGCAUUCUCCGACAACCACUCGUCGUUGUUUUAUGGCCGACCGGUCCGAUGAAAUUUCUUGUACAGCAGAUAGCUCUGGUGUAAUUAAAGAAAGUAAAUUAUCGUGCCAGACAUCCAGUACAAAAAUCAAGCAAGUUACGAAUGGUAUGGAAGAGAAAAAUAAAAUAGAUUCACAUGUACAUUUUAUGAAGAUUGAUGGCAAUGCGAUACAAAUUGCAACUCAGCCGACUGACAAGAAAGAAGCGAUAGAAGAAGGGCAAGAUGCCCAGAGUGUUUACGAGGAUUACACCGCUAUUUGUCGUAGCAACAGUGUAUCGAAAAUGACACAACACUUUAAAGUUCUGCAAGAAAAGGCAAACGCCGCGGUUGCGGAGAACAGUUCUCAACGCGUACCUCAGCAGAAAUUAUCACGCGGCAUUCAACGUUAUCGCGAACGCAAGAUACAGAGCGGCGAGAGAUUCAAUACUCAACCGGUAACUUUUGAAGAAGUUCGCGAGGCAGUCUUACAGAAUCAGCGCAAUACCGAAACAUUAAUAAAUGCGGAAACGACCGAUAACGAGUCUGAACCGUCCAAGCUAAGCUUGGCUGAACGUGUGCGACUCUUUAAUCAAAAGAUUGCGACUACGGAAACUGCUGGGAAAAACGCCACGUACCAGGAAAAGUUUAUUCAAAGAAGACGACAGUCAACCCGUUAUAGAACGCAACCUGUAACAUCUGAGGAGGUUCAAGUGGCGUCCCGGAUAUCACCGCUGAACAUAAAUCACAAGAUUCAAACCUUGGUUGAAGGAAACUUAAAGGAAUGUCGACGAUCGCUUUACUCGCCACCGCUUGCAAUAGCGUCUCAGCAUGAUGUACCAAAAAGUAUUCUAAAGUCAUCCGCUGGUUAUACGCAAAAUCUGUCGCGUGCCAAAAGUCCGGAACUCCGAGGUAUGAAAUUGAUAAAAUCUGUGCUUAAGAAAGAAUUUGAAGAAUCGGAGCAACCGAUAAUAUUGCCGAGUUCUGAGGUGUAUCCUCGUUCUAUUUUAAAAAGUAAUGUUUAUUCGAAGCCCAUUCAGACAACGAGUGUUGUUGACGCAGCAAUAUCAAGAAGCGAACGAGGCUUAUAUACUGUUGAAAAUCAAAAUUUCAACAGCGAAACUGCUAAAUUUUGCGAGAAAUUAGAUUCUUCCAAUGUAGUGACUGAUCCUGAUGUGAUGCGAGAUUCUUACGAUGAGAUGCGAGCAACUGUUUCUAAACAAGGCGAUAAUAUGGAUAACAAAGCCGCAGUGCCUUCCCAUAAAGCUGUAUUAUUUCGGAACGAAGAAAUCUUAUUGGCAGAUGUGAAUAAUUGCAAAAUUGAUAAAAUAUUCAGUAGUGCAUUAGAAAGACGCAGCAACGAGAAGCACGACAAUUCGUUGGCAGGUAAAUCAUACCAGGUAUUGAAUGUCAGCAACGAUGGUGACAAUAAGGAUGACGAAAAUGACGAGAACAACGAAAAGGAUAUUGUCGAUCGUCGAAAAGAAGAAAAGUUGGCGGUGAAAAUUAAGCAGAACAAUGGUGACGACGAUGACAAUGACUAUGACGAUAACGACAACAACGAUGACGACGACGACAACGACGAUAAUGACAACGACGGUCACAAACUACGCAAUAUUAUUGUCAAAGAAAAGUCUAGUGUCACACAAUGUUCCAUUAAUUCAUUAACCAAGAGUAUUAGUCAACACUCUCUAAGUGAGGAGAGAUGGAAACAGCAACGUGGUUUGCCACUGCCGGGACUGUGUCGUAGCGCGACACAGGUGAUAGCGUCAAUAGAAACAAGCGAAACUCCGAGCGUGAGUAUCGCGGAUCGGUUGGCUGCGCUACGUCAUAGCGGUAACACGAACUGGAAACGACGUGUGGCCGGUGCUAAAGUUGACGAAUCAUGCGACAACUCAUUACUCAAUUUGGAGGACAGUACAAUCAAGUCGGGCGUGCUGGCCAACUGUAUCGAGAAACUGGAAUCUGCUGCAGAAGGUUGGAAGAGUAGAAUUGUAGAACCCGAUGCAGUCAACUUUACCGUUGCUGGCAAAAUGAAAGUAACUCCAUUGAAAGAUGUCAGUUCGCCAUUCCUCACGGAAGCUACAGCAAACAUUUCAAAUCAGAAGAAGAAAGUUCCGCGCCCGCAAUGGUUUAAAAUGAGGAAGGAUAAAGAAUGUAACAACGAUGCGGUAUCCACCCCUACCAGUCCAUCCAAAGAUUUAUCUUCUACCACGCGCAUAAAUUUUUCUGAGUCGAUUAGCGGUGACAGUGAUGAAGAAUGUAAAACAGAGCACGUCUUGUCGCCAAGUGUUUCAAUACCUAAAACAGACGAUGAAACGUUCACCUCUUUCUUUAGCGGUGUGUCGCUGGAAAAGUGUGAAACCGAGUGUCUUGACUUAGACGAAAGCGACUUCGAUACAAUCACACCACGAUCUGAAUUAUUAGUACAAAAGCGGAAUAUACAAAUGCAACGUCGACGAGCCACAUCGAGAAAUCCUCUUAAAGUUCUUGCUGCACGCACUGAUUUGAAAUCGGAAUACACUGAAAUUCGUACUAAUAUACUCACAAGAACGGCAACGAACUUUAAUAUGAGAAGAUAUAUUUCAGAUACCAAAAGCUCGUCUUUUGCCGUCGAGGCUCUCGCCGGAUUGGCUUCUACUGAGGAUUUUAGUACAGUGACUUUGAGAAAUGUGUCGGAAACAAGUGUGUCCACAAAUAAGUUGCAACCAUAUAAAAAUAUAAUGUUGAUAUUGGUUAAGGGAAGACGUCACGUUCAAGUCAGAUUAGUCGAACCUGUCGCCGAGAGUAUCAAUAAUGGUGAUAGUUAUAUACUGGUGACAAAAUCGGAGGUUUUUAACUAUAUAGGGAAAUAUAGCAAUAUUAUCGAGAAAACUCGUGCCGCUGAGAUCGCAUUGAGUAUUCAACAACGCAAGGAUUUAGGUUGUCAAGCGGUCGAAGUCAUCACUAUAAAUGAUGAUAAACUAACUUGCUCGAGGAAUCAAGUUUUUAAAUUUUGGAGUUAUCUUGGUGUGGUUGACAGUGAGAAGCUAAAUGUUAUUGAAGCUGGUCAUCCUGAUGAAGAUGAAUUGUAUGAAUCUGCCAUUAUCGAUACAAAUAUGGUAUACGAAUUGAAAGAUGAACAAUUAGUGUUGCAUGAAAAAUUCUGGGGUACGCUUCCAAAGAUAGAAAUGCUCAAUAAGAACAAGAUUCUAGUGUUCGAUUUUGGCACCGAGAUGUAUAUCUGGAGUGGCAAAGGAAUUUCGGCGGACAAGAAGAAACUCGCUACACAGUUGGCUACAGAAAUGUGGAACAACGGAUAUGAUUACAGCGAGUACACCGCUUGUCCGAUUAAUGCUGCCCGUAUGAUUGGUAAUCGAAACAGUGACUCUUGUACAACUCCCUCUGCAAAAUUCGCCAAAAGCAGACCCGAAUGGUGUUUACUUGCCAAAUUGACUCAACACGUCGAAACAAUAUUAUUCCGUGAGAAAUUCCUCGACUGGCCUAAUGUCACCGGUGUGACAAAGACGCGUGGUCGAAAUGAUAAUACGCGACAAAUCGACAGUGCUAUGAUUGUGCAUCCGGAUGAAAACGACGAUAUGUGGCUACCAAACUCUUCUUCAGUUGAUUUUAUUUUAGAAGGCUGUCACUUGGGCAGAGGCACUGGUUGUUAUGAUAAUGAAUUGAAGAAAGAAUAUGUCGUUACUACAACGAGCGUUAUAGUAUGGCAUAUCGAUGAAUUCUCGCAUACGCUUUUAGACGGAUCAUCUAUUGGUCAAUUUUAUUCUGGCGAUAGUUAUAUUAUUCAAUGGACGUAUUCCGUUACAAUUACUGGUAGAGAACUCAGUGGUUUACCAUCUAAACACUCAGCAAAAGGUCGCGAUAGAUCUGUAUACUUUAUUUGGCAAGGUCGAAAUGCAUCUUUGAAUGAACGAGGGGCCGCGGCAUUAUUAACAAUCGAAUUAGACAGCAAUCGAGGUCCUCAGGUUCAUGUUGUUCAAGGACACGAACCAGCCGCAUUUUUAAAUUUAUUCUCUGGAAGGAUGGUGGUGCAUAGUGGCAAGAAAUCUGAGAAAAAAUGUGAGAAACGAUGGAGGUUGUAUAUUUGCCGAGGAACUUUAGAAACUGAGACAUUCUUGAUUGAAAUCCCUUGUAGUACUCGACAAUUAAGAAGUAGAGGUUCCUUCAUAUUACUAAACACCGAAAAUGCAAAACUAUAUAUCUGGCAUGGAAGCAAUUCAUUACGCCAUAUUAGAGAAAAUGCAUUAAAAGCUGCAAAUAAAUUGAAAGAAAAUCGACCUGAAGAAAUUGGAUUAUCGAAUAAAAAUAACAUAGAAAUACGUGAAGUUCAAGAAGGUAUGGAACCUGGAGAAUUUAGUAAUGCAUUAGGUGGCAUAAAUAAAAAAUUGUAUUGGUUGUUGGAAACAGCUGAAAUACAAGAUCAUACUCCAAAGCUUUAUCAUUUAUCUAGUAUUUCUAAAAAAUUCCGCGCAACAGAAAUACUUUGUCCAUAUCGUGCGGACCUGCCAACACCGUUCCCUUUCUCACAAGAUGAUUUGUAUCAAGCAAAUCAACCAGCGUUAUUUUUAUUGGAUGACAAGAAUGUGAUUUGGAUUUGGCAAGGUUGGUGGCCUGAUAGUGAAACGGAAGAUCAAUCUGGAAGCAAAACUGUCCGAUGGCAGGCUGAGAGAAGAGCAACCAUGAAGAUAGCGAUACGAUAUUGGCGAGAGACUCGAAACGCACAAACAACGAAUCUUCCAAUAUAUUUGAUAUGGGCUGGUUUAGAACCGUUGCAAUUUACAAAUCUUUUUCCGGAGUGGACGUAUCGGGAUGACGUUGCUGAAUUAAAUAUAGAGGAUGGCCGGAAUUCAGGAGAAGUAUUGACUGUGGAAAAUGAAUUGGCUCGUCUAACGCAAAGUACAUAUCCUCCUGCCCAGCUGUUACAAAGACCUUUACCUGACGGAGUCGAUCCAACAUGCCUAGAAUUGUAUUUAUCCCAACAACACUUUCAAGAAUUGCUGGGAAUGAGUAAAGAAGAAUUUCAACAGCUUCCAGUCUGGAAACAAGUGAAUCUCAAGAAAGAUAUAGGAUUGUUCUGAUGGAUCGUUUUAAGUGCGAUUAGCAGUAGCUGCCCUUGCAAAAUGUUCGAAUUUUUAUUAACUGUUUCACAAUAUUUACAACUUGAGAAUCAGAAAAAGAUCUCGACUUCUAAGCGUAUUUUUCUCGAAACUUUUCGUGUAUAGAAAAUGAAACAUUUCGAGAAACAUUUUGAGAAUCGAUGAAUAUAUUAUAGACGAUAUAUCUAAUAAUAUUAAUGGAAAAUUAAAAAGAAUCAAUGCGA